GGAAAACGUCGGUCCACCACCACAGCUUCUGCAGCUUUGCUCCACACUUUCAUUUUCCUCUCUGUCUCUGCCAUGGCUAUCUCUCUGCAAUUCUGCCGCGUGUCUCUCCAUACCGACCUCUUCUCCCGUGACAGUCUUGCUCCUCUUAAUCGCCGGAAGUCUCUAUCUGUUCGAUGCGCCGCUGCUGGCGAUGAGUCCUCUUCUGGUUCUGUCUCCAUGGAAUCCGAAUUUGACGCUAAGGUUUUUAGGCAUAACUUGACGCGAAGUAAGAAUUACAAUCGGAGAGGUUUUGGACAUAAGGAAGAGACUCUCGAGCUUAUGAACCAAGAGUAUACCAGUGAUAUCAUAAAGACUUUGAAGGAGAAUGGAAAUCAGUACACGUGGGGAAAUGUUACCGUUAAACUGGCAGAAGCUUAUGGGUUUUGCUGGGGGGUUGAGCGGGCUGUCCAGAUUGCUUAUGAAGCCAGGAAACAGUUCCCUGAUGAGAAAAUUUGGAUUACCAAUGAGAUUAUUCACAACCCAACUGUUAAUAAGCGUUUAGAAGAGAUGGAUGUCCAAAAUAUUCCUGUUGGCGAAGGGAAGAAACACUUUGAAGUUGUGGACAGUGGUGAUGUUGUGAUUUUGCCUGCUUUUGGGGCUGCAGUGGAGGAGAUGUUAACUUUGAGCAACAAAAAUGUGCAAAUUGUUGAUACAACUUGCCCUUGGGUAUCUAAGGUUUGGAAUAUGGUUGAAAAGCACAAGAGGGGAGACUACACUUCAAUCAUUCAUGGUAAGUAUGCUCAUGAGGAAACCAUAGCUACUGCCUCUUUUGCUGGAAAGUAUAUCAUUGUGAAGAAUAUGGAAGAGGCAACAUAUGUGUGUGAUUACAUUCUUGGUGGUCAACUCAAUGGAUCUAGCUCCACAAAAGAAGCAUUUCUAGAGAAAUUUAAAUAUGCAGUUUCUAAGGGAUUUGAUCCGGAUGUUGACCUGGAUAAGGUUGGUAUUGCAAAUCAAACUACAAUGCUUAAGGGAGAAACAGAAGAGAUUGGAAAAUUGGCGGAGAAGACCAUGAUGCGCAAAUAUGGAGUGGAAAAUGUUAAUGACCACUUCAUUAGCUUUAACACAAUUUGUGAUGCUACUCAAGAGCGACAAGAUGCUAUGUAUAAGUUGGUGGAGGAGAAGUUGGAUCUUAUUUUAGUAGUUGGUGGGUGGAACUCGAGCAACACCUCCCAUCUACAAGAAAUUGCUGAGCAUUAUGGAAUUCCUUCAUACUGGAUUGACAGUGAACAGAGGAUUGGUCCAGGAAACAGAAUAGCUUAUAAGUUGAAUCACGGGGAGUUGGUCGAGAAAGAGAACUUCCUACCAGAAGGUCCCAUUACAAUUGGUGUAACAUCUGGUGCCUCUACUCCUGACAAGGUUGUUGAAGAUGUCCUUGUGAAGGUAUUUGACAUCAAGCGUGAAGAAGCCUUGCAAGUAGCAUAACUGUAGCUUGUGCAUCCAUCAACAAUGGCAGUAUACUGUAUAACUGUGUGUAUCAUUAACAAGAAAAGGCUUAGCAAGAUCUCUGAUAUAGCCUUCCAUGUACUCAAAAUCAUAAUGUUGGUAAUAUAGAGAUUGUAGGUUUAAGAUUUGCAA